UUUACUUACGUUUUAUCCAUCACAUCAUAUUGUUGCGGUAUAAUAGAAUAGGAAAAGGAGAUGAAUAAUGACUCAUGCUUUUAUUAUAUUAUAUUUCCUAGUUAUUAUAUAUAGUCAACUACUCCAUAGUCUCCUUGAUAUUCCUUUUUUCAUAUUACAUAUAUAAGCACUCAUAGCCAGUGUGAUGAUACAUUAAAUAAACAAGCAGAGCAUGGAAGGAGAAAGAAGGAAGAGAAAAUUAGAGGCUGAAGAAGAAAAUGAGGAGCAGAAGAUGGAGAAGUUCUUUGCCUUGAUAAAGAGCACAAAAGAAGCACAUGAUCUCCUUUCCUCCAAGGAGAAAACAAAGGCAAAGUGUAUUUGGAAUCCUACGUUUCAACCAGAAGAUUUCAUUGGUUUUGGAGAAUUGGGAAAGAGCAAUAUUUCAGCUCAUCCUCAUCAUUCAGGUCCUUCGGAGAAACAGAAAGAGAAAGAAGUGAUAGAGAAGGAUUAUUUGCAAGAAAUAACCACAGCAGCACCAGCACCGGCGGCAGCACUGGCCGUAGCAGCUCUGGCACCAGCGGCAACAGAAGAAGAGAAAGAGAAGACAAGAGAUCGUUUUGACUUAAAUCUUUCUUUGUAAUACACUAUGUGAUAGAUUGGUUGAGUUAUGACCAUGAUUUUCUGACCAUGAUUUUCUGACCUUGUUGUCUUAAUAUUCCAAUUUUCAUGUUACUUCUA